CCCAGAGCGAUAUAAGACACUUGGCUUCUGCUUCACGAUAACAACAUAUCAGCACCAUGUUCAAACGCGUUGCGCGACGUCAGGAGAGACAGGAGCGCGAUGAGGAGAUGGGUUUGGACGCGGAGACCAAGGAGGUUCUAGGGCUGCACGACACAGACUCGGACGAGUCGUCUUCAAGCUCGGGGUCGGAAGAUGACUCCGACGCAGGAGAAGACGACGAUGCAGAGAGCGCAGAUGAGAAAGACGGGGAUGAAGACGGGGACGAAGGUGCCUCUGAACAGGACGAGGAGAGCGAGGGAGAUGCAGAUUCCGACAACGCUUCAGAGGUGUCGGAUGCUGGGGAGCCGCCACUUUCUGUCUCAGAAGCACUCAAAGACCCUCUGUACUUCAUUUCGCUUGAACCCGAGGUCAGGGCCUGUGUAGCCUGCCCAGGAAAGCUAUUGAAGAACUCCACCAUGUGCGAGGUGCACCGAUCCUCUAACGCACACGUCCGUCGUUACAAACGGUUCGUAGAGUUAGCGCAGCCGGCUGGCCCAGAGACAGAUGUACGGGACAUUGUCUCACUACUCAGCGCGGGGACGGGAGCAGAGAAGAGUGCCGAUACUGAACUGUCGAAGCGGGCAGAAAAACGGCAAAACAAACUAGCGAAGGUCAAGGCCAAACGCACGAAACAGAAGUUGAUGAAGGCUCGCGGUAUUGCGUUCAAGAAAGAUCGGGCGGCGAAGGCCUCUGCACCGGAUUCUGAGGGCGAGGGUGAGGCAAAGCCUGCUGCUCCAGCCAAGAAAAGGAAACUUGAGGCGGGCGCCGAUGGUCAGCUCACCGGCGGGCAGCCUCGGUCGACCAAGAAAGCGGCGACAUCACCCGUCGAGUCGACAAAUUCGCCUCCACAGGUAAAGAAAGGCAAGGCGGAACGAAAGGCCCAGAACGCCGAGGUUGUCGUAUCAUCCCCACCCAGUCCAAACGAUGAGCCGUCACAUCCUCUACCGUCGAAACCACCGAAGAACGCAAAGCGCACGAAGGGUUCAUUUCCAAAUGCGUCUGAUUCGACGCGGCAGGCAUCGAAAGGUCCUGGCAAACCGAGUGUUCCUUCGAUCGGGAAGAAGCGGAAAAGAAUCCAAAAGGAUUCAGCAGCAUAAUGCAGCAUCGUGCAUACGCGGUAUCCGCGUCCAUAAAUAAAUAGCCCACCGAGCGAGGAGCAAGUG